GUAGACAACAGGAGCAGCAGUAUUCUAAAUGUUGCCAAACAAUGGAGGAGAAGAAGGGAAUGAUGACAUCUUGCUCUCUGGAUCAGAAUGUUCUGAGGAUCCAGAAGCUCAUUUUGUGAGCCAUAUCGACAUAUGCAAGGGAGUGCUGAAAAGUUCUUGGCUUUGAGUAAAAGAAAAUACAGGAGUAUCAGCAAGGAAUGGCGGGUUACACAGAAGGAGUUGUCAUGGAUAGCCGCCUCGAAGACGACCGAUCACAAUAUGACAACAGUUCGGACACGAGUUUCGUUCGACUUCUAUCUCCUUGUGUUAAUGAUAUUCCUACGUCGGAAUAUAAUCAUGCCGCCCAUUGUAUGAUAUAUUGCCGAACGAAUAAAACUUGGUGUAGGAACACGAUGAAAGCUCAUAUCAUGAUGCAGUUUCGUUUUGAUGGAUGCAUAGGAUUUCCUGGUGGCGCUGUGGAAGCAGAUGAAACAAUUGUGAUGGGUCUAAACCGAGAACUACAAGAAGAAAUUGCUUUAAAUCUUGACAAAUACUCUAUCAAAGAUAGCGAUCAUCUUGUGUCACAUUUUUACAGACAAAAAAAUCUUGUACUACAUUUCUUUAUAAAGUCUGUGACAGAGAAUGAUUUCAAUGAAAUACAAGCAGCAAGUCUUACUUCAGAAUGUUAUGGAACAGAGGUACUGGGAACAGUUAUCCCACCACUGUUUACUAUGUCCAAUGGAAAAUCAGGUUUACCAAACUUUCUUGCCAAUAUGUUUAUUGGUAAUGCACAACAACAGCUACUAUGUGCACUAGAAUCCUGCAAAAUUCUCUCCAAGACUGAAAUCAAUGAAGCUGUGAUGAAAAGUAAAAAAAUUAACAAACAAAAUGUUUAAUGUAAAUUUUAUUCAUUUGGAGCAUUUGGGAAUUUUAUUCAUUUGGAGCAUUUGGGAAUUCUAUUCAUUUGGAGCAUUUGGGAAUUCUAUUCAUUUGGAGCAUUUUUAAGAAUUUUAUUCUCUUGGAGCAUUUAAGAAUUAUAUUCAUUUGGAGCAUUUAAAAAUUUUAUUCAGGAGGAACAUUUCAUUGUUUACAUUUUGAGCAUCACCUAUCUUAUGAAAAGUUGUGGACAGUACAUUUACUUUCCCAGAUUAAAAUCUCAGAAAUAAUGGUUGAAAUAAAAGUUUGUUGGCAACUAAAAAAAAUUGUACUGAAUAUCAAAGAAAAUUUGUUUUGAUUGAUUAAAAAUACUCUUUAUAACUGUUA